AUGUUUACAGAUAUCGAUUUGUCUGAUGAGAAAGAAGUGUCCAAUGAUAAUAAUGCUCCAAAAUCACCUGAUGAAAGCAAAAAGGAAAAAUCAUUCUUUUAUAAUCAUGUGAUUAAACCCUUCAAAAAGAAUCCAAUGACCUGUGCAAGUAUAGUGCUGAUCUUUUUAUCGACACUACUCUUGUUUGUGUUAUUGGUGGGCGGAAGAACAAGAAGUGUGUAUUUAUCGAAAUUCGUCUUCAAGGAUCCGAUAAAACUUAUCACGAAAAAGAAUGAACUCACUUUUACUCUAUAUGGACAUUGUGUUGAUGACCAGUGCACUCAACCAAAUAUGUUGAACGAUUUUGAUAAAAUGCCUUCCUCAUCCGAGAUCACAAAUAAUGAUAGUACCGGCAGCAACGGUAGCACCAGUAGCAGAAAAGUAAAACGUAUUGAUGUUGGCGGUAUCGCCAAUGGUGCAACCAAAUCGGCUGGAAAUGCAGUUAAUAAUGCUGGCCAAACAGCCACUAAUGCUGGCCAAUCAGUUGGUAACACAGUUAAUAACGCUGGCCAAUCAGCUGGUAAUGCAGUUAAUAACGCUGGACAAUCAGCUGGUAAUGCAGUUAAUGAUGCCGGUCAAGCAGCUGGAAAUGUCACCCAAAAAGCUGGAGACAUUGCACAAGAUGCAGGCCAAAAAGUUGUUGAUGCUGCCAAUGACGUUAUCAAAGAAGCAACGGGUCUAUUAAAUUCAUUAGUACAAGCAUUCGAGAACUUCAAACCAAAACAUCCAACCGCCAAUUUCUCCGGAUUCAUAUCUAUUCCAUAUUUAAUUGCUCUCCUAUCGAACAUUUGUUCCUUGAUCUUACUCUACUUUCACUUCCCAACACCUGCAACUUUAUUCCUGCUCGCUUCUACCAUCCUGAAUGGACUCGCACUAUUCUUUGAUUUAUUGGUGUUCGUCUGGGUAUUUGAUCUAAUAUCAGUCAUACCUGGUAUUGGAAGUCAAUACACCGGUCCAGGGAUCCAUUUGGCCGCUUGGAGUGCUGCAUUCUUGGGUAUUGCAAGCAUAAUGUUGGGUGGGCGUCUUUACUAUAAGAUCUGUUGUGGCGGUUUUUCACGCGAUGCUUAUAAAGCCGUGAAAAAACAAAUGAGCAAAGGUAUAAAGAAAUUACGAAAACCGAAAGUUAACGAAGAGGAGGAACAAAAACAAUUGCAGGAUAAGGUGUAA